CCACAUCAUCCGCCGCGCUUUCCCGCUCACUCCCGACCGCACCACCACCUCCGCACCGCCCAUCAUGCCGGACAAGGCUGCGGAAAGUAGCGAGCAUGUCGACCCCGUCAUGCUCUCGCUCUUUGCCGCGCGCUUCAUGUCCGUCGCCGAGGCGAUGGGACGGUGUCUGGAGCAGACGGCCAUCAGCGUCAACAUCAAGCUGCGUCUCGACUUCUCCUGCGCCCUCUUCUCGCCGACGGGCGACCUGGUGGCCAAUGCGCCGCACCUGCCCGUGCACCUUGGCAGCAUGUCUUUUGCCGUGCGCUACCAGAUUGCGCGCGCAAAGGAGCUUGGCGAGCCCAUUGAGGACGGCGAUGUGAUCCUUGCGAAUCACCCGGCGGCGGGCGGCAGCCACCUGCCGGACAUUACGUGCAUCACGCCCGUGUUCGGCAAGAAGGGAGAGAUCAUCUUCUUUACCGCGAGCAGAGGGCAUCACGCUGACAUCGGCGGCAUCCUGCCUGGCUCUAUGCCGCCGACCAGCAAGACGCUGUACGAGGAAGGCGCACAGAUCAAGUCCUUCAAGCUCGUGCGCAAGGGCGUGUAUGACCGCGAGGCUCUCGUGAAGCUGCUGUGCGACGAUCCGGCGCAGUAUGCCGGCUGCAGUGGCUCGCGCUGCUUCCGCGAUGUCGAGAGCGACUUGCACGCGCAGAUUGCGGCGAACCGCAAGGGCGUCCAGCUCAUUGACUUGCUGGUCGACGAGUGGGGCCUGGAGACUGUGCAGGCAUACAUGCUGCACAUCCGCAACAAUGCCGAGCUUGCUGUGCGCAAUCUGCUACGCGAGGUGGCGGAACGGCAAGGCUCAAACGAGCUGUGGGCUCGCGACUACAUGGACGACGGCUCGCCCAUCGAGCUGCGAGUCACGAUAGAUCCUGAGAAGGGCUCGGCCAUCUUUGACUUCGAGGGCACCGGACCAGAGGUCUACGGCAACACGAACUGCCCACGCUCAGUCUCGCACAGCGCCAUCAUCUACUGCCUGCGCGCAAUGGUCUCGACCGAGAUCCCGCUCAAUCAGGGCUGUCUCGAGCCGAUUGAGGUGCGCAUCCCAGCUGGCUCGCUGCUGGACCCCAGCGACGACGCUGCCGUGGUGGGCGGCAACGUGCUCACCUCGCAGCGCGUCACGGAUGUGGUGCUCAAGGCGUUCAAGGCCGCCGCCGCCAGCCAGGGCGACUGCAACAACCUGACGUUCGGCCGCGGCGGCCAGACGGCCGACGGCAAGCACGUCGAGGGCUUCGGCUACUACGAGACGAUUGCGGGCGGCAGCGGCGCUGGCCCAACGUGGCAUGGCACCAGCGGCGUGCACGUGGCGAUGACGAACACGCGCAUCACGGAUCCGGAGACGCUGGAGCGCAACUACCCUGUGCUGCUGCGGCAGUUCAGCCUGCGGCCUGGCUCGGGCGGCAAGGGGCGCUUCAACGGCGGCAACGGCGUGGUCCGCGAGAUUGAGUUCCUCAACAAGCAGAUCCAGGUCAGCAUCCUCAGCGAGCGGCGAUCCUACCGGCCAUUCGGCAUGGAGGGCGGCGGCGAUGCCCAGAGUGGCCGCAACACGUGGGUGCGCCACCAGGGCGACGAGGAGCGCAAGGUCAACCUCGGCGCGAAGGCUACGGCACUCAUGGGCCGCCUCGACCGCAUCAUCGUCGAGACGCCAGGCGGCGGCGCAUGGGGCGCGCCCGGCAGUGAGGCAGACGACGAGCCCAGCAAGCAGGAACGGCAUCAUGGCGCGCGCGGCAGUCUUGCUGAUCGAGCAGCAGAGCAGCUGGGCGCAUAAGGCCGAGGCUCGCUUUGAUGGGCAGCAAUGCAUUCAGCGUCACGACACCUCGAUCUCGAAGAGCAGUGCAAAG